AUGGCUUCAUGCAUAGAUUUAGUUCCAUGGGCCCGACUGCACAUAAUACCACUUCAGCUUUGUCUUCUAGCUUGGUGGAGACCAGCUCUACAGAGUUUAAAUCCUUUGAUUCCACUGUAUCGACCACUCCAGGAACAUCUAUUCUGGUGGUUAAACCGAAGACAUUUUUUCAAGGGAGUGCUAUUAGAACAGGAAUCUGCUCAGGGGACUCUAGUGACAGAUGCGUCACAGUCGGGAUGGGAAGAGCCUCAUAUAAACAAUUAUCAGAUAGCAGGUGUUUGGUCGCCGCCUCAGUACAAAGUGAAACGCAUCAAUUGGCUAGAACUCAAAGCUGUGCAGUUAGCACUGCAAACAUUUCUGAUAAAAGUACAAUUCAAAAGUGUGCUAGUGAGAACAGACAAUGCAACUGUCGUCAGUUAUCUGAACAAACAGGGAGGUACGCGAUCCCCAGACCUUGGUUACUUGGCAUCGGAUCUUUUGAAAUGGUGUAUAAAUCACAAUGUCAAAAUCCAAGCUGUUCAUAUUCCAGGGAAUAAGAAAUAUUUUAGCAGAUACCCUGUCAAGAGGGAAAAUGACCAUUCGUUUGACAGAAUGGGCAUUACAUAUGACAAAAGUGAAUUUGUUGUUCCUUCGUCUUAUAUAGGAACACCAGUAAUAGAUCUGUUUGCGACUUCAAUGAACAAGAAGCUACCAGUGUUUUGCUCUCCUUGGCCGGAAGAAACUGCAGUGUCAAUAGAUGCGCUGUCAAUGAAAUGGACAAAUCUCUUUAAUUAUGCCUUCCCGCCACCGAUAAUUCUAAACAGAGUAUUACAAAAAUACAGAAAGAGGACUGUGUAA